AUGCUAAGAAAACAGCGCCACCUAUAGGCCUUAGGGCGGUUAGGAGCAUCUAGGCCUGGCCUUGUGUCAUCCCUCGAGAAGACGAGCAUCACGUUGCCAUCUGCCAACUUAACAAAGCCUGUCGCGUUUACGUUUCAUCUUGAUGCACGCAUGGAAGGGCGUAAAGGUGAAUUCGAGAAGCUCGCAGGCUCGGCUAACGAGCAGGGCCAUAUGGAGAGGCUACACCGACAAAGGCAUCCUGUGCCCGAUUUCAAGGCACUACACGAGGCUCACCAAGCGUCUCUUGCAUGUCGUAAAGAACACCUCGUCGCGAUAGUUCCCGGACCACCGAUAAUGCUUAGCACCGAAAUUCGGGCGAGAGAGAGGGAGAAAUUCGAUCAAAUGAUGCGAAUGAAGGAAGAGGAGAUUGAGCGAGCAAAAGAGGAGCGCCGAAGACAACGAGAUGCGGAAGAAGAAAGGGAGAUCAAGGAACUCCGCAAGCGAGCGAUUCCUAAGGCCAACGAGGUUCCAGAGUGGUAUGCUGACAUGCCGAAGAAAGGAGGCAGUGUAGGAGGAUCAGGAUAGUGGAAAGCGUCAUAGAUCAUAUAAUGGUUGUCAGGUGGAGAUCGAGAAUGGCGAGUGUACGCAAUAUUUUUUUCGUUAUCUGUGCAGCAUGUCUUUUUACAUCAUCACUUCGGAGUCAUCACCCUUUCAAGUCCAUGGCUACUUACUUGACCGGAUAUGAUACCUCGCAGAUAGGACAACGCCGGUGACACAAUGAAGUAGCUUAAGUUAUUCUGGGAUGUUUGAACGGGGAAGAAGUCUGGGAAGACCUCGCGUUUAAACGCAUUAUGGCCGGUGCAAAGUACCAUUCAAGGCUUGAGAAGGCUUGAUGGCAUCGUGACCGAUUG